AUGUCGUCAUUAGUGCCGCUACCACAAAGUCUUGUUCCUGUUUUAGAACCAUACUUCCCCACAGAUGAGAAACAUCAUCAGACAAAUAGGCCAUUUGUCACCUUGACAUAUGCCCAAUCCAUUGAUGCUCGUAUUGCUGCAGCACCAGGAACUCAAACUAAAAUAUCUCACCAAGAAACUAAAACCAUGACACAUUACAUACGGUCGAGACACCAAGCCAUCAUGGUUGGUAUUGGCACUGUGCUUGCAGAUGAUCCAAAACUUAAUUGUAGGUAUCCGGGAGCAUUAGAAUCGCCUAGACCUAUUGUGCUUGAUCCUCAUGGGAAAUGGGAAUAUCAUACUUCUCAACUUCAAACUGUUUGUGAAAACGGAUUGGGACUAGCUCCUUACAUAGUCGUUGAUUCAAACACAACUAUACUGGAGAAGGAUAGAGAAGUUGUGCUACAACAGGGUGGACUUAUAGUGAAGAUUCCUAUAAUUGGAGAACUGGUUCAACUGGUUUGGACCUCAUUAUUUGAGGAAUUGGUACGGUUAAAUAUUAAAUCAAUUAUGAUCGAAGGAGGUGCGACCAUCAUUAACGAUUUGCUUUUGCAUACAGAAUUUGUAGACAGUUUGAUCAUUACAAUUGGCCCAGUUUUUCUUGGUAAAUCAGGAGUUGAAGUGAGUCCAUCAGCAUCAGUUAACUUUAAAAACGUUAAGUGGUGGACUGGUGUACAAGAUAGUGUUAUGUGCGCAACCCCUUAA